AUAUAACUUAGCAAGUUUUGAUCUAUCAACUUAUUACAAGACUUAUGCUCGUCAUGGGAAAGAUGCAGAAUUACCGGACCGACAACGGCAAUGCAGACUUGAUGUACAGUCUUAAAAAGAAUCCGGGCAAGCCCUCACUUCGAGGUGUCUGUCUUAUAAAACUUCCUGUACUCGGGAAAAGCGUAUAAGUGUCGAACACCUAUGAACAGUCUAUCUGAAGAACAAAACUCUUAACUCUUGACAUCUGGGGAAAAUAAGCGCCGUCAUGGUUGAAGCCCACGAUGAAAAGACAACGGAAAAGACAACGGAGGGCUUGGGCUUACAUUCGGAUGCGAAUAACUCUCCCGACGCCGCGCCAACUACCGAACGGGAUGAUAACGGCGGUGCUAAUAACAAAGAGAACCGCUCCGUUAGUGAGACACCCGCCGGGCCUGGUGAAGAUGAGCCGGAGAUGUAUUCUGUCUUCUCCUCCAGGACCAAAGUCUUCCUCGUCCUCAUGACCGUUUUCGCUACCUUAUUUUCUCCUUUUUCCUCUUUCAUCUACUUACCCGCUAUCACGCCUAUCGCCGAAUCGUACGGCCGCUCCAUUGCCGACAUCAACCUCACCGUAACCUUAUAUCAGGUUAUGCAAGCGGUUGCGCCGCUCUUCCUUGGUGAUCUUAGCGACCAGAUCGGCCGUCGCCCCGUUUACAUGCUCGCGUUUACUAUUUACCUUGGCGCCAACAUUGCCCUUGCUUUACAGCAUAACUACGCCGCUCUCAUGGUACUACGGGCUCUUCAGAGUACCGGUAGUAGCGCCACCGUUGCUAUUGGCAGUGCUGUUAUGGCUGACUUCACGACAAGCGCUGACAGGGGUGGCUACAUCACAGCCGUCCAGGCAAGCGUUAUGUUUGCGCCCGCUCUUGCCCCCGUCCUGGGUGGAAUAUUGACCCAAUUUCUGGGCUGGCGCUCAACGUUCUGGUUUCUCGUUAUUGCUGCCGGUGUAUUUCUGCUCAUAUACGUACCAUUCGUUCCGGAAACCGCUCGUAAGAUAGUUGGUAAUGGCUCCAUCCCUCCACCAAGACUAAAUAUGUCACCAUUAUCGGCCUAUCAAUGGCGCAAGAAGCGCCGCGACGUUGAAUCGCAACCCGGCAGCCCAACCUUACCGCAACCAAAGAAGGUCCCAAGGAAAAUUCCCAUCCCCAAUGUGCUUGCUGCAGUGCUUAUAAUCUUUGAAAAAGACGUUGGCACCCUCAUGCUCUUUAUGUCUCUGUUCGUCAUGGCCAACUACGCCAUGAUGGUUCCUUUACAAGACGUUAUACGCCGCCAGUACAACUUCAACGACUUGCAAGUUGGGCUGUGUUAUAUCCCUUACGCGAUAGGCUCGGUCCUCGGGGCUAGCGUCGUGGGCAAACUGUUGAACUGGAAUUAUGUGCGAGUAGCAAACAGCAUCGGCGUGUCGCCAGAUCGUAAACGGGGGGACGACAUGCGCAAGUUCCCUAUUGAGAGGGCUCGGCUGGACCUAAUGUGGCCGUGGACAAUCCUUGCCGUGGGUAUGAUAAUCGCAUGGGGGUGGGUAGUUGACUCAGGUACCAGUCUCGCCGCGCCGCUGGUUGUCCUGUUCUUUGGCGGGGCAGGCUUAAGCGGGCCAGUGAGUAUCUUGACAACACUUCUGGUCGAUCUUUAUCCCAUGAACCCAGGGCGAGUAUCAUCCGCCUUCAACUUGACGCGUGCCGCGCUCAGUGCUAUCGGGACCGCCGUCGUACAGUACAUCAUCGAUGCGUGGGGUUACGGCCUUACGUACCUCUUCAUGGGCUGUAUCGUAUUAGCGGCAAGCCCCUCCAUCCUGAUAGUGAGGAAAUGGGGCCCUAAAUGGAGAGAAGAGAGAUACCAGCGCUUCGAGAAGAAGGUAAGGAAAUCGUGACCUCAAACGCCUUAUAGGUACCUAGGUACUUAACCCAGGUUAGGAGGUAGAUAGCUAUACCUAAAACAUAUGCCUUGAGUUUUAACUUAAAGUUUUAGUGACCUCUUACCUGGCACCUAAUUUUGGCAGGCUGAGUGCGUGUGCAUCUUCCUCCCGACUCCAACAAAUAGAUCAGAUAGAUUGCUUCUUCAAUCUUAGACUGCCCUUAGUUUCAGCCAUAUGCCCGACUUUAGGAGGGAUGUUGUGUCGGAGUAUAGUAAGAAGGAUUACUCAAAUAGGAAAUUCUCGCUUAA